UGGCAACAUUGCUCUGACAAAGAGGGACAAAAUGGAUAUUUCGAAGAAAAAAGGUGGUUCGGGAACGACAUGUUCGGUAGUUGGAUGUAGUAACAAUAGGAACAAGUUGAACGAGUGGUUGGAUAGGCAGUGCUACAUCCACAAACCAGCUACAAAGAGGGAGUGUACAUGUGCUCCAUUGUUUUCAUUUUUUCGGAAGCCUGAAUCCGACUUGGAAUCAAGGACCUGGCUAAAGGCAUUGAAUCUGAAGAAACCACCCCGCAACAUUUUUGUAUGUUCGCAUCACUUUGUGGAAAAAAAACCAACAAAGGAUAAUCCUUUCCCUGAGCUGUGGUUGGGUUAUAAUCGCUCUCCCCAGCCAAAGAGGCGUGAACUCCCGCCGCGGACCGCUGCCUCGCCCCGGAGAAAGAAACGCAGACUUGAAUCUGAGGGUGCUCCUGAAACCUGUCAGCCCGCCUGUGAGGCCGAGCCUGCUACACCGCAAGUUUGCGAUGCUCAGACCCAAUGGGAGGAUCAGUCACGUGAUGACCACACGUACUGUUCAACGACACCGACUGUUAAAGUGGACAAGGCCACCCAGUGCAAGGCAGAGCUUUCCUCUGUGACUAGCACCACGGUCAUUGAUGAUGCAAGCUGUGGGCUGUACACAGGACUGCGUAUGGUUCAAUUUUUCGCCGUGGUGAAAGUGUUGUUGCCUUACAAUAAGCCAUCAAUUUCCCUUCCUGUUGUUGACCAAAUCCUGAUGACCUUGAUGAAGCUUAAACUAAACCUAAUAUUAGGAGAUAUAGCUUACCGCUUCAAUGUGUCCAGAGCCAUGGCAAGCAUUGUGAUUAGUCACUGGAUUGACGUGAUGGCUGGACAGUUCAAAGACAUGAUCUCCUGGCUUCCAAGAGACACCAUUCGUGCCACCAUGCCCCCGUCGUUUCAGAGGAACUACCCUCGAACCACCUGCAUCAUUGACUGUGCCGAAACUGCCAUGCAGAGAGCCACAAACCACGACUCAAGGAGUGACACUUUCAGCCAGUACAAAUCACGCAACACUGUGAAAUAUCUUAUUGCUGUGGCCCCUAAUGGGCUAAUAAUGUUUAUAUCUGACGCCUAUGCUGGCAGAAGCAGCGAUAAGUUUAUCACCAUCGACAGUGGGUUUCUGGACUAUCUGAGGGCUGGUGAUGAGGUCAUGGCGGACCGUGGUUUCACCAUUCGAGACUUACUCGAUGAGAGAAGGGUCAGUUUGAACAUCCCUGCAUUCACCUACAGGCGCCUUCAGUUGACUAAUGAGGAGACGACACGCACCAGGAGAGUAGCCAAUGUCCGCAUACACGUGGAAAGAGCAAUCCAAAGACUGAAGGUCUAUAAGAUUUUAUCCCAGACUGUUCCCAUCAGCAUGGCACCGAAAAUGGACAAAAUCUUGAUAAUCUGUGCUGGCCUAGUUAACCUGAAGGGUCCACUGAUCAGAAUGCCUCCUGAGGAUUAGAGUCUUGCCUUGUGUCCCU